AUGGUUGUUGGCCGCAACUCGACAAACUUCCACAAAAGAUACGGCCUUUCUGGUGAAAGUACGAACGGAGCCCAGAAUGCGUGGAACAUGGGAUCCCCCGUCACGUUACCUGGAAUUGGCAUCAUAUUCACACCUGAGUAUAUCAAUCGCGAAGACUACGAGGUGUUGAGCGAUGUUCCCAACAGCCUUCCAAGCAGCUCAGGACUACCGGACAUGUUCAUUGUCCCGCAGGCUCUUGGACCAAUUUCUGGCACAGCGUGGGGUCUCAGAGUCGGUUACGACUGCUCAAUCGCCAAAGACGUCUCCGAGCUUACCAUCAUCGGUCAUUAUACGGGCAGGACCUCGGGAGAUCCGUCAGGGCGCUUUGCCAAAUCUUUCAUGAAAAGUGCGGUUACCAAUGUAUGGUCCUAUUCGGAAAUGGGUACCACACUCAAUACGACUGAGCCGGAGCUUCCACAUACACCCCAUAGUGUUGGACAGGAACUGCUUAGAUCGAUCGACUCUAGAGCAGACGUUCUUGAGUGGGUCGUCUGGCAGGUACGGACUGGUGCUGAUUAUGUUGAAGUGGACAACUUCAACAACAGCGUUGGCGCUACCGUCCAAGGUCUCGGAUCCCCUUUCAUGAGAGCGGACAAUGGAUCUUGGGUUGCCAAUGAGACAUUCUUCAAGGAGAAUGAUUAUCGUCAAAGAGACAGCGUAAUGGAUAAGGUAUGGAGUAGGCUCCUCGGCUCCACCGGCAACCCGUUCCAACCGGGCGAGAAAAACACCGUCGAGGUAGCCGAAGCUAUCGGGGUUCGCUGCAUUGUCAGAUCAAAACUUGGUUCCGCAGUGAUCGACGCGAGAACAUCGAGUUUCGCGCACUUCAAUGCCGAAGAACCUACACCGUAUAACGAUCCAGAAGUCAAUGCGGAAAGCCCAACUCCGCCAUUGGGAGGUUUGGCGCGGUCCAUACCUGGUCAGGCUAGCCUGGAGAAGAUUCUCACUUCCAUUAAUGUUCGAGCCAUGAGCUCAGAGUCCAACUCGAUUCAGGCCUCUAAGUUUGUGAGCUCGAGGGAUCUACAGAAGUCGGCUUACUUGGCACACGGGCAAGAAGUCCUCGGCCACAUGUACGACAAUCAUUACGGUUUCGAAAGUAGCUGGCCUGCGCCAAACCUGACUUCGUCCAGGAAAGGCAAAAUUCUUACGAAGGGUGAGCUGCCGCCGUUGGUGGCGUUGAUUCCUCUGGGUGUUUGGGCUCUUGGUUCUUUCUUGUUGGGAAUCUCCUAUGGAUUCAGACGGAGAUUGGCGGAUUCUCUGAGUGGAUUCAGUUUCUUUCGUUUUGGAGUCUACUCUGCGGACAAGCUGAAGGACACGGGAAUAUUUGUUGCAAAGGAAGCCGAGGAUGUUGCCAAGUUAUGGCGUUUACCAGGCUCCAACCCCUCGAAUGUGUCACUAUCACCUUCCUCUUAUCACGCUUCCCCGCAUGGUCUGUCUUCACGAAGCUCACGCCUCAAGACUUACAGUUCGGCAGACGAGGCUUUUCUAGUAUUGAUGGCGAACCGCGACUUCUUCUUUUUCUACGCGCCAACUUGGGAUUACCCCCCAGGAGGCGCAAUCAGGCUUGGCAAUGUCAUUACAUCGGUCAAAAAGCCUCAUCGCCCGCUAUUUUGCGUGCCGCCGCCAGGUGAUUCCGAUGUCUCAACCACAGAGAAGAAGAGUGUCCAAUACACCAAGGAGAAACUGCGAAGCGGCAGAUUCUCUAUCUUAACCAAGUUCCUCAGCAUCCUUGGGCUCGGCGUCGAUAUUGGUGCUGAGAUCGACAAUAGUGAUGAGGAAAGGUUCAUCUUUAAAACUCUCGAAACUACCCAGUUUACCCCUUCAGCACAAUAUGUCCAGAAGUCCAUCGAGUCUGACAAUGUUCGGCGCUUCCUGCAAAACGCUCGAUACCGCAAGCCCGUCUACAUCAUUACUGGGGUCAAGAUUGUCCGUGGCGCUGAAGCCAAUACCUCGAGAUCCCGGGGCCUGGGUGGUACCUUCGCUGUUGAAGUUGACGGUACACUUUUGAGCGGCGGUGCGGUCCCUAUCGGCGGCGGUCCUGGUACAGAAGGUAGAGUGGGCAAUAAGACUGCGACAAGCUGGGAAGGUAGCAGUGAUUUUGUAUUUGCCUUCCGUGUAAGCAAAGUCUUUGUGGGCGAGAAGACGGGGCAAGUGACGAGUGAGGAGGAAUAUCGCAAGGGGGCUAUGCUUGGGGACGAGACGGAAGAAACGAGACGCCCAAUGUUGUCUGUUCUGAAGAUAGAAGAUCCCACCGCUGAACAGGAAGGCUUCGGCUCGCAACAGCUCAUGGAUGACGAGGAAGUAGUAUUCUGCGCAAUUCCCGAGGAGGAGGACUCUGACAAUUGA